AUGAAUGAAGAGAGAAUAAAGAAAAAAGAGAGCGGUGGAGGUGGAGAGGUAUGGUGUGGGACCCGUGAAGUUAUGAGAGAGAAGACUUCAACAUCACGACAGGGUGAAGGGGGUGGGGGUAAGAGACAGCUAGUAGUGAAGGAGCUUUUUGCAUAUUGUAGGCGGGAAUUAGGGUUUAAAGCGAAGGUAGUUCAGUUCCAAAAUCUACAAGUGAAAGUAACUCAUUUGAAUUCUAACCUCAAGAGUUAA